GCGGACGACAGGAGAAGCAGGAGGAGGAAGAGGUCGUUUCACUCGCCGACAGUGAAAGAAACAACAAAUCACGAGCUGAUCAAAUAUCGGAACCCAGUGUGCAUCACUCAGCCACUGACAGUUAUGGCGACAAUUGUGAUGGAGAGAAUUGGGCGAGUGUUCAUCAGCCUGCAGCAGAUCAGAGAGGUUCCCCGAAUGUUGACUGAAGCUGCACCCUCCAUGCCUGGCACCGUAAGAGACAGCGAGGUCCCCUCCUACUUCAGGGAGCGCUACAUCUGCACCGGCUAUCGACCGCUCAACCAAAGCUGGCGCUACUACUUCCUGUCAUUAUUUCAGCGCCACAAUGAGACCAUCAACAUCUGGACUCACUUGCUGGCAUUUUUAAUUAUUCUGGUUAAAUUACGGCAGCUCUCUGAGACUGUGGAUUUUCUUAAUGAUCCUCAUUCGUGGCCCCUGUUGAUCCUCAUCCUGUCCUCCUUGACCUACUCGGCAUGCAGUGUAACCGCUCACCUGCUGGGCAGCAAGUCUGAGCUGUGUCACUAUGUUUUCUUCUUUCUGGACUAUGUUGGAGUAGCACAGUAUCAGUAUGGCAGUGCUGUAGUUCACUUUUACUAUGCUGUGGAUGAGGGCUUGCACAGACACGUGCAUGGCAUCUUCAUGCCAGUUGCCUCCAUCCUCAGCUGUUUGUCAUGUCUCGGAUGCUGUACUGGUAAGUACUGCAACCACACCUUGCCAACGUGGGUGCGAAAGGUGUGCCAGGUAGUGCCCUCAGGACUCACCUAUAUGUGGGACAUCAGUCCUGUGGUUAAAAGACUCAUGUCAUGGUCUACAGCCAGCAACGACCCAGCUCUUAUCUAUCACCUUGGACAGAUGGCUUUCUUUCUUAGCUGCACCUUCUUUUUCACCUGCCCUCUGUUAGAGCGCUGCUUCCCUGGACGGUGCGAUUUUGUCGGACAGAGUCAUCAGUUGUUCCAUGUUUUACUGUCUUGCUGCACCCUGUGUCAGAUCCACGCUUCCUACCUCGACUACGUUGUCCGUAGGAAGCUGUACUCACAUCUCCACAGGAGUGACGAGGCUGUUCUCUUCGUGGGACUGUACGUUGUCACUUUGGUUGUAUGUGCACUGAUUGUUGCCUUUAUGUUGAGGAAAGCUAAACAGAUGCUUGACUUUACAGCCAAGUCAAAAUAAUAAAUUAGAUGUAGAAAGUAUAUGCAAAAGUCUGAAUGUGCCUUUCCUUCCACAUUACCUGCUAUGAUAGGAAGGGAACUAAUCGCACCAUAUGCUGCUUAAUAGCUAUCAGCAAAGGCUAGUGCUUUUUCUAAAAAUAUGACAAAAUUGCAUUAUUAAAACUUGAGAGAGAAUUGUAGGAUUUUUUUCUUUUUAUCUUACAGUUCCGGUAUAUGAUGAAUAGUAUCUAAAAUGUGCAAUUAUUUAUUUUAUAUAUUUUAAAAGUCACGGACGAGGUUGUUAUUCAUGCUGUGGGCACAUUUUACCCAAAAUGAUGGAAUUUUAAAAUGAUAAUCAUGGAAAUGAAAGGUGACAGACGCGUGAUCGUCAACUCAUGGCUUGUGGGCCAAAUCUGGUCUGUGAUAGGGUCCGGGUGACCGACCUAGCGUUUUCAAAUUAAAAAUUAAAAUAAAUUGAUUGACACUGGGAUUGUUUUGUACUUUGAAUGUAAACAAGGUGACAGUAUAAGUGAAAAAAACCACAUCAAAAUAGAUAUUUGCCAAACAAAUACAAAGCCGUUCAUUAAGUCCAAUUUGACGUUUGACUCAAAUCUGAAGUUAUUCUCUCAAGGUGUUCUUAAGAUAUUGCGUUCAAGACAAUGCAAUUGAUGUGGUCACAGUAAUCUUGACCUUUGACCACAUAAUUCUAAUCAGUUCAUCCUUGAAACAAAGUGGAUGUUUGUGCCAAAUUUGGAGAAAAUCCCUCAAGGUGUUCUUGAGAUAAUGCAUUCACAAAUGCAAUGGACAUGGUCAAAGUGCCUUUGACCUUUGACCACCAAAUUCUUAUCAGUUCAUCCUUGAGUCAAAGUGGACCUACGUGCCAAAUUUGAGGAAAUUCCGUCAAGAUAUCGAGAAGGACUGAUGGGCAGUCCAAAAAUGCAAUGUCUCCGGCCACAGCUAUCAAUGGCGCGGAGGCGUAGAAAUCUACCUUUUUACAGUGUAAUAAAACUGUUACUACACGAGCGGCCUUUGUCAUUGUGCCUUGAGAGCCAAUUGUUGCACAUUUUAAGUAAAAUUUAGCACAAAGUUGGUGCUGAUUGAUUGCCUUGGGAUUGUCACUGUUGUCCAGCCCAACUGCCAUCUGAUACUGACAGAGCGUAGAUCCUUCUGAAACAAAAUCCUUAGGAUUUAAGUCACCAUUGUCAUAGAUUUAUACAUGUAAAUUUGAAAUCUAUGAAGACAUAUGAUGACAGUUUUAAUUGCCAGUCUGGGAUUAAAAAGUUUUUGUUGUUUUGCUCACACAAGUUCCGUUUCAUAGAACUUUUAGAUGUAACUUAAUACAUUGCCUUGUGACUGUAUUUAGAUAGCUGUGUUUUUAUGAGGGAUUGAAUUACCCUUAACAAUAUGGAUAUGUCUUAUUUUAGACAUGUACUAUACUUUGUAUGUGUCGACUGUUUUAUGUUAUACAUAUCAGGAUGUCAGCAAUCACUGUAAUGUGUCUGAUGAGAAAUCUUGAUUGUGCCUGUAGAGUCAUAAGGGAGAAGGGAAUCUGGGUGUUACAUGAGUGUACUGAUGCCAGAUAAAGGUACUGGGAUAAUAUAUGUCUUUGGAAGAUAAUAAUGUAACUGCUGACCAAGAUGUAAAGACAGUGGGAUUGAGUUAAACAAACAUCUCUUGGGGACUCGAGUUUCAUGUGUGCAGCAUUGACUAAUGAUUUGACAUCUUGCUUGCCUCUGUAUUUGAUUCUUUUGUCACUACUUUCACCUUGAGUAACUCAAAUAUCAAACAUGCCUGGAGAUGAUCAAGAGGUUCCAGAUGGAUGGGGAGGAUUGUUGUAUUUAUCAGGAGCGCGUUGCUGUUGCACACUGUUCAAGGAACAUGUACAUUUCAUCUUCAUUGUUGUCUGUUCAGUAUAAUAUGCAUGUAGCCUACCUCCAAACCAAUAGAAUGUAACGUACAGAUUAGCAAACUGUAUUUUCAAUGAUGAAACAGUAAACCUCCCUUAUAUUGUCUGAUCUAAUGUUAUGCUCUGCCUCUGAUUAAUGUUUGAUUAACUGAAACUCCCACUGUGAAUGGAGCUCUACCUUAUUGUGCCUGUUGAUGAUGUAUUUUAAUGGAACUCAACCAAUGGCCUCCUGCUCGUUACAUAACGACAUGAAAUGACAGCAUAAAAAUGUAUGUAUGUAUUAUUGAAACCACUGUAAUUUCACUGUUAAAAAAAGAAAACAAAAACAACUUUAACACGAUAAACUGAA